GCGAGCGAAGGAGCAGCCGGGGCUGAGGAGGGAGCCGGCUCCUCGGACAGGGAGAGGGAGCCGCUCUCCCGACGGGGCAGACAGGCAGCAGCAGCAGCAGCAGCAGCAGCAGCUCCGAGGCCGGCUGGGCUCCCCUUCUGCUCCUGCUGCUGAGGAGAGGGACUUGGCCUGAGCGGCGGGGAAAGUGCCCCCGAAGAGCCUCCUCCUCCUCCCUUGGGCGAAGGGUCCCUGGGGCUGCGCUGGUUCCCUGCAGGAGGCGCCGGAGGAAGGCGGGAAGAUGGCCCCGGGCGCCCCAAGAGGAGCAGGAGGGGGAGGACCCCCCGCGGGACCCUGGGGCAGCUGACUCGGCCCGGGACCCCGUCUCUCCUAUGGAUGCUGAACUCCCAGUUUUCCAUGCCUGUUGCCUGUGAUGGUGUGAGCUCAACCGAGGGAUUUGGCGUGGCAAAUAUUGUGCUGCUCACCUUUAUCUCUGCAGUUAUUCUUAUGGCUAUCCUGGGAAAUCUGCUGGUGAUGGUGGCUGUAUGCAGGGACAGGCAGCUCAGGAAAAUCAAGACCAAUUAUUUUAUAGUAUCACUUGCAUUUGCGGACUUGCUAGUGUCAGUUUUGGUGAUGCCAUUUGGAGCCAUCGAGCUAGUCCAAGAUAACUGGAUCUAUGGAAGGAUGUUCUGUUUGGUCCGCACAUCUUUAGAUGUUCUCCUCACCACAGCAUCAAUUCUUCACCUCUGCUGUAUCUCUCUAGACAGGUACUAUGCUAUCUGCUGCCAGCCACUGGUUUAUAGGAAUAAGAUGACUCCCCUGCGCAUUGCUCUCAUGCUGGGAGGCUGCUGGGUAAUCCCAAUGUUUAUUUCUUUUCUCCCUAUAAUGCAAGGCUGGAAUAGCAUUGGCAUAAUGGACUUGAUAGAGAAAAGGCAGUUCAACAAUGUGUCCAACUCAACUUACUGCAUAUUUAUGGUCAACAAGCCCUAUGCCAUCACCUGCUCAGUGGUGGCCUUCUACAUUCCAUUUUUGCUCAUGGUGCUAGCCUACUAUCGGAUAUAUGUUACGGCCAAGGAACAUGCUCACCAGAUACAAAUUCUACAGCGUGCAGGGGCACCAACAGAUGGGAGGCCACACCACCCCGAUCAGCACAGCACACAUCGGAUGAAGACUGAAACUAAGGCAGCCAAGACCCUCUGUAUUAUCAUGGGGUGUUUCUGCUUAUGUUGGGCACCAUUCUUUAUCACAAACGUAAUAGACCCUUUCAUAGAUUAUGCAGUUCCUGGCCAAUUGUGGAUUGCUUUUUUGUGGCUGGGAUACAUCAAUUCAGGACUGAAUCCUUUCCUUUAUGCAUUCUUGAACAAGUCUUUCAGACGUGCCUUCCUCAUCAUCCUGUGCUGUGGUGAUGAACGAUACAGAAGGCCUUCCAUUUUAGGACAAACUGUCCCCUGUUCCACUACCACUAUAAAUGGAUCAACUCAUGUGCUAAGGUACACAGUCUUGUACAAUGGGAAUCAACAGGAACAUGAUAAGCUUCCGAUCCACAAUGAUCCAGAAUCCCAAGAGUCGUGCUUCUGACCCAGGUCCCAGUCUCCCAGAGAGUAAUAGGCUGGCAAGCCUAAAGAUAGUUGUGCACUGGAAAUGUAAUGCCAGAUCAAAGUUCUUUAUAUUGCUGUCAUGCUCUCCUUAUUGAUUUUGCAUUUGGGCCAACAACAAAUGUGUGCUUGCUCACAGGAGCAAAUGGGCUCAAUUGGCAUAGGAGAAAAGACAGGAGAUCUUGAUGUUGUUGCAGAGCAAUGUGUGGCCAAUCCUAGUGCUUUGUAUAUGAUGAACAAACAGCAAGCAAGAUGUUUGGUUGCUCUUGUGAUCACUCCAGUUGGUGUGUUGUACAAACACAUCUUUUUGUUGUGUGGUGAUCAUGUGGCUCUUCUCCCAGAUGUUGAAGCUUGACUUGAAGUGCUUUACCAAAUAUAGAAACUGAAAUUCUUUUUUUUUUUUUGUGGUUAUUUUUAAUAAUGAGUGCUCACUCAAGAAACAGUUCCUAACCUCUGUGCAACAAGAAAAGGCAACAGUCAUUCUGUAGAUUACUACACACAUAUACACAUAUCUCUGCUCACCUAAGGAGAGAUGAAUGUGACCCAUGGAGGCAGAAUUGACGGUAACAUGAGAAUAUGGUCUAUUCAGCCCUCUAACCAGUCUAAUCUAUUAAGUGCAGAGUGAUCAUUGGACACUAUCCACUUCCCGCCAGUAAGCUGUUGCCUUCAGUCUCCAUCAAUAUCUUAAUGAGAUUUUCCAUGAGAUAGGCACAAGGCAGUGCUGCUUUGAAGGAAAGGUUGGUCCAGAUACAGAACCGUUGAGAAAAGAAGAGCUAUCUUGUAAUAGCUCACUAAGUGCCAUCUUGAUAUGUCUGUGCCUGUUUACAUUUGAACAAAUUUUAUACCUAAGCAAUGCAUCUGAAAAACAACCCUGCUUGGGUAAAAUCAUUUAGUUUCUCUCAAUUCCUUUUAGCACAAGCAGGGGCAGUGGCUCAGGGACAGUGUGUGAUGUACACAAUGCCUACUUGAUUGUCUUUGGGUUUGUCAGGGUUUCCUGGUGGUCAUUGUUCUACAUGGCAACAGGAUCAGAGCCACCAGUUCAUAAGGAAAAAUACUAUCAGCCAAAGUUGAUCCAAUGAUUCAAACAGCCAAACUGAGAUCUAGGAUCCAAGGUGGAAGUGACAGCAGGGCCAGCCACAAGAUUUGCUAUCAUGAAGACGAGUAGGAGGAAGAUGUUUCAUCUGGCAGGUGUCUUCUCAGAAGGGGAAACAUGCUGCUGAGAAUGAAGUUCAGGUACCAGGAUUGCAGUGUUGUACAGCCGGGCAGAAUUGCCUUUAUUCCCUGAGACGCCAGCCUAGAUGCUGAGUUAGCUAGUGCAACAGCCUAUAAAUCAGGGCUAGAAAUUGUGUUGUCAGCUUGCAUCUCUGGCUGUGCUGGCUAGGGCUGAUGAGUGUUGCAGUGUAACAAUCUAUUGAGGACUGUCCAGUCCCCAUCCCAUUUUCAGUGUUGCCCCUGCAGCACCUCUGGGGAAUCAUUGAAGCCACUGUCCAGUAAACAUAGCUGUGCUGGUGUAGCACGAGACUGGGGCUUUAUAGCUGGGAAAUCUUGCUGUGACCUUUAGCACAUUGAGAAGGUUUUCCUUUUCUAUCCCCUUAUCAGUACCUUUAGAUAUUUCUUCUGUCAGUAUACAGAGGGAUGUUAUUACACCUUUGAAAUGGAGUAGAUUACUUCACUACCCUCUUCUAGUGCUGCUAUUCCACUUUUACUGCCCUGGCUGCCUCCUGUUAUAUUCUGUGGUUUGUAGUUCAGUGAGGCCUAAGAGCUCUCUGGCUAAGAAUUCUAAAUGC